AUGAAGUCAGUGGUUUUAACGUGUAUAAUUGUGACUAUUGUAAACAUGAGAGUGAGUGAAGCGAGCAGAGUACAAGCUGCUGUUAGUUUUUUAACAAAUGCAUCCUAUCAAGAAAUAGAAAUAAAGUCAGAGUCAAGCCUGUCUUUACGAGAUAUACUUCCGGAAAAGGCAAAGUUCUACGAUAAAAACAGAGCCCCGAAGCUUCAGGGACAACCUACGAUAGUCUACUUCCACGUCACCGUACUGUCUCUAGACUCCAUCAAUGAAGAAAGCAUGACGUAUGUGGCAGACAUCUUCCUAGCACAAUCUUGGCGAGACCCUAGACUCCGAUUACCGGAGAACAUGCACGAGGAGUACCGGAUCCUCGACGUUGAUUGGUUAAAUAAGAUCUGGCGGCCCGACUGCUUCUUCAAGAAUGCAAAAAAAGUCACCUUCCAUGAAAUGAGCAUUCCCAAUCAUUACCUCUGGUUGUAUCAUGAUAAGACGUUACUUUAUAUGUCGAAACUAACAUUGGUUCUAUCGUGCGCCAUGAAGUUCGAGACAUAUCCACACGACACACAAAGCUGUUCCAUGAUGAUUGAAAGCUUAUCCCACACAGUCCACGACUUGGUGUUCAUCUGGAACGUGACAGAUCCUUUGGUAGUGAACCCUGACAUUGAACUGCCUCAGCUAGAUAUUUCAAAUAAUUACACAUCUGAUUGCACAAUUGAAUACUCCACUGGUAACUUCACCUGCCUAGCCGUAGUGUUUAACCUCCGACGAAGGUUAGGCUAUCAUCUGUUCCAUACGUAUAUUCCAUCAGCCCUGAUCGUCGUCAUGUCCUGGAUAUCUUUUUGGAUCAAGCCUGAAGCAAUACCUGCUAGGGUCACACUGGGUGUAACAUCAUUACUGACUUUAGCCACUCAAAAUACUCAAUCCCAGCAAAGUCUACCACCAGUUUCAUAUGUCAAGGCUAUAGACGUUUGGAUGUCGUCCUGUUCCGUCUUCGUGUUCCUUUCGCUCUUCGAGUUCGCUGUUGUGAACAACUAUAUGGGCCCAGUGGCUACCAAGGCCAUGAAAGGGUACUCUGAUGAGGAUCUUUCGAGGGAUUUGGAUGCUUUUAAGCACAUAUUCCCAACGCCAGUGGACAAUCGCGCCAGUACAUCCGCAUCGAUUCCUCAAUACGACACCUUCUGCAACGGACGUGAGACUGCGGUUUACAUAGACCGCUUUUCAAGAUUUUUCUUCCCCUUCUCCUUCUUUAUAUUGAACGUGGUCUACUGGUCUACUUUCUUGUGA